AUGAGCGAUGCAAGCAGAGCCAGCCACGACCCAGGCGGUGGUGGCGGCGCUCAAAGCUACAGAGCCUCCAACGACAAGACUCAUCCCUCCGAGUUUCUCGAGUUUGUCACGGUCCCCGGACAGGCAGGUUCAUGCCGGCUGGAACCUUUGAAGGUACAGAAUGGGCGGGACGCUCCCAAAUCUCCAGCGGAGGACCGAAUCCACCUUACUCAGUCCAAUGAUGAUCUGUUUCAUGGCCUCUCCGCGGCGAUUCCUGGUCUGCGCCGCCUGUCAGUCGAUGCUCGAGCUGCCACGAAAGCCGAACAUGCCAUGACGUUCUUAAGGGGCUGUCGCUUGUAUCCAAAGGCUAUCGCGUGGUCGCUGCUCCUAAGCAUGACUAUCGUGAUGGAAGGCUAUGACUUGACCCUCGUCAACUCCUUCUUUGCCUUCCCGGUCUUUAGGCGAUCGUAUGGCGAGCUACUGAACCCCCAUGCUCCGCCAAGCCAACGGGAUUAUCAGAUAUCACCAGCAUGGCAAUCUGGUCUUACCAAUGCAGCUGUUGCGGGCGAAAUUCUGGGCUUGAUGUUUAACGGCUUUUUCACCGAUCGGUUUGGUUAUCACAAGACCAUGGUCGGCACUCUGAUAUGGAUGGCUCUGUUCGUGUUUCUUGCCUUCUUUGCUGUCGAUAUCAAGAUGCUCCUUGCGGCCCAGGUUCUUUGCGGUCUGCCCUGGGGGUGCUUCCAAACUCUUUCGACCACGUACGCAGCGGAGGUGAUGCCAGUGGCUCUCCGAGCCUACCUUACGUCAAAUGUCAAUAUGUGCUGGCUUGUUGGUCAGCUGUGUGGAGUGGCGGUUAUCCGAGGUCUUGUCCACAAUAAUUCUGAAUGGUCGUACCGCAUACCCUUUGGCUUGCAAUGGGCGUUCGCGGUGCCCAUUUUGGCCGGCGUGCUCCUUGCGCCUGAGAGCCCGUGGUGGCUAGUCCGACACGAGAAAGUCAGUGAGGCAAAGAAAUCUCUAUUGAGACUUACAACCAAAGAUUCCGACCCAGACUUUAACGCCGAUGAAACCGUGGCAAUGAUGCAGCAUACCAACGAAGUGGAAAAAUACCUGAACGGCGGCGGGGUGUCAUAUCUGGACUGCUUCAAGGGAACCGACCUUCGACGGACCGAGAUAUGCUGCAUGGUGUGGUGUACUCAAGCCUUGUGUGGUAGCUCGAUGACUGGUUACGCUGCAUAUUUCUACGAACAAGCAGGCUUCGACACUGCCAGCAGCUUCAACCUAGCCGUGGGGAUGUACGGUGGCGCAAUCUGUGCUGGGAUUCUAGCCUGGGUUGGAAUGCGCAAGAUCGGCCGACGCACAUUGUACCUUUGGGGCCUGGCCUUGUCGUUGAUCAUCCUUAUUGUGACAGGCACUGUUGGCACGUUCCCUGAAACCAACGGCACUUCAUGGGCACUGGGGUCCUUGAUCAUCAUCCUGACAUUCGUGUACGACUUCACGGUGGGGCCCGUGUGCUAUGUCCUCGUGGCCGAGAUACCAUCCAGUCGCCUGCGAGUCAAGACGGUGGUGAUUGCCAGAGUGGCUUACAACGUCGUCAGCAUCAUCACCAAUAUCAUCACGCCUCGCAUGCUCAACCCCUCGGCGUGGGACUGGAAGGGAAAAUCGUGCUUUUUCUUCGCCGGCACCACGCUGUUGUGUCUGGUGUGGUGCUGGUUCCGUCUCCCGGAACCGAUGGGACUGACGUACAUGGAGUUGGAUAUCUUGUUUGAGAAGAAGGCCAAGGCCAGCAAGUUCAAGGAGUUCCAGGUCAAUCUGGCGAGUACGGGGUACUUUUCGCUCACGCAGACCAGGUCGGACAGUGUGUGGAGAGGAUACCAAUAG